AAUUAAAGGAAGUGUUUCCGGCUUCUACCUGUCGUCAGACUGAGGCCUUCACGUCUAACUGUUGCUCUGCUUAGCGCUGCUUUAAACAGGAUACUCAGCCAAACUGGUUUAUCUGCAAGGGAAGGUCAUCCGCCUGGCCAAUGAGAGCAGGAGAGCAGAGAGGGGAGUUUGAGAGAGAAGGGGUAUUGUUCUGGAAAUAGCUGCAGGGCCUUUGUCUGUCAGUGGGUGUGUGUGUGUGUGUGUGUCUGUGUGCAGGCAAGAGCCCAUGCAUCCAUCUACUGAUGACAGCCUUUAUUUUUGUAUUUCAAUGAGGAUUUCAUUAUUAAGGCCUCUAAGGGUUACUGUGAAUAAAAGUGACUCCCUGAAAAGGAGUGUUGUCCUAUCAACACCAGCAUAUCCCUGUCUUUGUGUGUGUGUGCGUGAGUGUGUGUAUAUAAUGGGUGUGCCAAGGUGAUGCAGGCUCGGGGGGGGCCGGACUUAGCUCCUGCUUCAGGUGUGUCUUUGUGACACAGAGCCAUAAAGUGUGAAGAGGCAGACGGUAAAGACAUUAACGCACAGAUCCAGGACGACUGUUAGUGGAAGAAGAAGUGAAGAAAGAACGAAACCAAAAAGGGAGAGAGAACGACAAAUGAGAGAAAAUGGGGAAAGUGAAAAUGCCAUGUCUAGCUUUAUCGUGAAGAUUUCCAGGAAGCUCAGGGUCCUGUCUGGACUUGCAGAGCGAAAGGCAGAGCCCUCACCGAUGAAGACGACCUGGUACUGUCCUCUCGACCUGUCCACUGUGCUGGAGGAAGAGGAGGAUGGAGUCAUCUACACCGUGGUGGUCAAGCAGCAGCAUGUCGGCCCCACCAGUCCAGUGUCACGGGUGUCUCGCUCCCAGUGUAUGAAAGCAGGAACAGAGGAGAAGCUGGUGCUCCACCUCCUCCACUCCUUCGCUUUGGGAGACUCGUCCUUCAUCACCAUCUUCCUCUCCACCUAUCGCUCCUUCACCUCCACGGAGAGAGUGCUGGAGAUCCUCACCGACAGAUUGGAGAAUCCACCAGGGGACAGCGAGCGGAGCCACAUGAGACAGGCUUUCAACAAGGCGGUGUGCACCGUGUUCAGAACAUGGCUGACCGAGUUUCCCGAGGACUUCAAGACUUUGAAGGAGCCCUCUCGUCUGCUUCGACUGGCUCCCCUGCUCCCUCAGGACUCCUCCUCUGCGGCCGACCUCCGCGCUCGCCUCCUCCGGAUCGCAGAGGAGCUCAGCGAGAGAGCCCUGCUCCCCGACACCCACAGAGAUCACAGCAGUAUCCCCAGCUCUCCGCCUGACGCCUCCAAGUUUGAACCCACCAGCAUCCUGGGGUUUCCUGCACCACUCAUCGCGGAGCAGCUCACCAGGACAGAGACGGAGCUGUUUGUCCGCCUGGUGCCGUACCACUGCCUCGGCUCGCUGUGGUCUCAGAGGGACAAGAAGGGGAGGGAGGGCGUCUGCUGGUCCGUCCGGGCCACGGUGCGGCAGUUCAACAAGUUGGCCAACGCGGUGUUAGCGUCGUGCCUCUGCCCGACGACGCUGCGCAGCCAGCAGAGAGCGCGGCUGCUGGAGAAAUGGAUCAGCGUGGCAGAGGAGUGCCGAGGCAGAAAGAACUUCUCCUCGCUGUACGCCAUCGUGUCCGCUCUGCAGAGUAACCCCAUCCACCGGCUGAGGAAGACGUGGCAGGACACCGACAGGGAGGUGGUGAAGAGAUACGAGGAACUGUCAGAAAUAUUCUCCGAGAAGGACAACUACUCUCAGAGUCGAGAGCUCCUGAAGGAGGAGGGAACCUCAAAGUUUGCCAACACGGACAACAGGCUGAACAACAGACAUUUUAAUAAGUCCACUGCCAUGGGCACCGUGCCCUACCUGGGCCUCUUCCUCACAGACCUCACCAUGCUGGACACCGCGGUCAAAGACAGGCUCGACAAUGGCUACAUCAACUUCGACAAAAGGAGAAGGGAGUUUGAGGUUUUGGCUCAAAUCCGCCUCCUGCAGUCCUCCUGCAAAAACUGUGUGUUCAGCACGGACGAGUCCUUCAUGCGCUGGUAUCACAGUGUCCCUGCACUAAACGAGGAGGAGAGUUACAGACUGUCCAAUGAGAUCGAAGCACCAUGUGAGCCGAGUCCACGCGGCUCCACUCCGACAGUCAUCAUCACACAGUGUCCAGAUCUGAGCCGCUCGCGGACGAGUCUGGCGGGCGACAGCGACAGCCUCUUCGACUUCCCCUCGCCCGUCAAUAACCUGCUAUCAAAAUUCACAAAGCACAUGAGAUCUCCAUCUGUGUCCUGUCUGGAUGUGGAAACGUCCCCUCCCACCGCCGAGUCCACCCCCGACACCCUGACUCCAUCCACGCCCACAAAGUCCCACCGCCGAUCGGCCUCCUGCGGCAACAACCCCCCCAACCAGGUUCAAGGCUCCGGGCCAGACAUGCGGAUCAUCAGGAUCGGGAUGGACCUGCACGAUGGAAACAUGUACCGAAGCAUUCUGGUUACGAGCAAUGACAAGACCCCCACUGUGAUCAGCUCUGCCUUAGAGAAGCACAAUCAGGACCCCAAACAGACGGCCAAGUACGAGCUGAUCCAGCUCCUGCCCGACGCAAAAGAACUGGUCAUCCCCGCCACAGGAAACGUCUUCUACGCCAUGACAUCAUCCAGCGUUGACUUCCUGUUGAGGAGGAAAGGCGGGAACACUCCUCUUGGCUCACAUCCGAUCAGCACCGAGACGAGCGCCACGUUUCCUCGAAUCAAGGCCAAGGGGAGGAGGCUGGUCAGGACUCUGUUUUGACGUCAGAUCUUUGUCCACGGUGAACUUUUCGCUUGUCGCCCCCUGACAAACACCCGGGGGGGGGGGGGGGAAUCUCUCAAUAACGUGGCCUUCUCUGUGCAAACACAAAAAAACUACACAUGCCUUUAUCCCAUACGCCUCUUCAACCAAAGCACAGAGACCAAGUUCCUCUGACGUUUCAGAACCUCCUGCUGCUGAAGGUCGAGUCUUUCUUCUUUCCGAACAUUAUGCAUUUCUGAUUCACAUCCAGAGGAGGAGCGGCGGAGGCCUUUCAGUGAGUGCUCCUGGUGCUGGCUCUGGACUCCCAGUCAGGUGGCACUUAAAGCAUUUCUUUCUUCUUUGCUCAUUCCAACUCAAUGAAUAAGAUCUAUUCUAAUUAACACCGAGAAAUCCCUGGUUGUUGUCUGCCUCCGCUGUGAGGGAUGUUUCCCCAUCGUUAGAGGAAGAGUUAAUUGGUCUGUCUGCGAUCACCCAGGAGGCCGUCGAAGGAUUUAAGACUGUUUUAUUUGUGGAGGAAGAAUUAUAAUGAAAUCUUAACACGCAGAACUCGUCAGAUCUGGUUCUGGGAAGCAGCACGAAAACAGGAAGACGCACGAAUGGAAAACCAGAUGUAAUGUUAAUGCAUCUUUGUAGCAAAGCACUGGAGGUGGUCAUAGGAGACACGUAUAUAUGUUUUGUAUAUUUAUAUAUUUUGUACGUCUGUGUGAUGUCGACGUUGUGUUUACACUGGCAAGAAGCUCGAUAUGUCCAAAAACUGGCAAGUCACCAGUUCAUCAAGGAAUCUGUUAUUUAAACUGGUCAGCAAAUCAACACAGUGGGUGAUUGGGCAGAUAUGGAUUUCAGCUUCAAACCUUAAAACGGCAUCAAUCCCUGUUUUUCUAUUACACUGAUUGUUUGAGUAUUGAUAUUGUGAAGGUGAAGCUCGAAGCUUCAGAACACUACGGAGCAAACAGACAGUGAACAAGUCAAACAUCCAGCCAGAGACUUUCUGCCAGAAUUCACAGGUUGUGUCCGAAAUCACUCACUGAUCAGUCCGCCAUUUUGUAGUGGUGCACUCAUUGUUUCCCACAAUGCAUUGCGCUGGUGGUAGAGAGACGGAAAUUGUCGUAUAAAUGUAAAUAGAAGCAGAUCAGCACAGCACAAAGUGUGGGACACAAAUUUAUUUCUACAUUUAAAAAGGAUAGUUUAAAGGUUUUUUUUUUUAACCUUUAAGUAUUAAUGCCAAGUGUAAAAUGAAGGUUUAAAUUUACAUUGAUAUUUUCCACCAGCCUAUGUUGUUAUAAUCCCGCGAUAACGGCGAGAUAAUCAGCACCAAGUAGUGUCCGAAAGUAGGGAACAGUGAAUGAGUGGGUGAUUUCAGACACAACCAUAGACUCUAUACAAAGAUGGCCGACACGACAAAUCCCCAAAAGUGAAGCCGAAAUCUGUCUCUGUGUCAGAGUCUCCUUCAAAUGCGGCAGAGACUGUAACAGAGAUAUUUUGGCUUCGCUUGUGGAUAGUGGGAGGAGGUGGAGACACGGCGUCCAUCUUUACAUCCAGUCUAUGCUAGAGACCAAACAAGAGCUAAAAGAAGCGUUCAUCAUUUGGACAGAAAAAGUGUUGGCAGCUGCUAGCCAAAACAAAUUUAAAGGCAAUAAAAUGAUAAAAUGAUUAUUUUUGAUAUAUUUCUGCCCCCUAGUGGCCAAACAUUUAAUGGCUAUUACUACAACUUGCAGCUCUUUCAAAAUUAGUGGCUUCGCUUCCCAGUUGAGGACAAUGAUGAAAGUCAAACUAAAAGAUACAACUGGUUUCCCACCAGCUCAGCAGGAUCCAUCUUGAUUCCUGUUUCCGUGCAGCACAACGCCUCAGCUCUUCUUUCAUGUCGUGAGUCGACUUCAUCGCAGGUUUAUAACGCUCAACCUCAAACGUCCACACAAGUCUUGUGACCUCUGGUCGCCGCGCUCCCCUGCUCGGUGCUGGUGACGCCUGUUGUACAUCGGCCGAGGCACUAGCAUGGCUGGACCAGGGAGAGGAUUCUGGGUAAUAAUAAUGGAUGACGUGUGCUAGCGUUUAAUGCUACGCUAUACUGAUUGUUUUCUGUGCCUUUUUCCAGAAGGGUGCUCACCUUUGCCCCAUGUUUGCAUUAGAAUGUAUGCAGCACAUGCGGCGGACACGCGGUCGCCUCCAGUGCUGCGUCGUCUCACAUCAAAGCUAUUUAUGCACUACAUACAGGAUGUCCUAUUUUUGUGGUAAUAAAUUUACUUUUAUAUGAA